AUGCCUUCAACGAAGCCAGCUGAGGAUCCGCCUACUUUUGCGCCCGAUCUCGAAAUUGUCGGAAAUGAGGUUAGGAUUCAACCCACUGGCUUCACCGCCGGCACUGCUACCGGUGAUGGAGAUGUCACGGAACGCCGAUUAGUGCAACAAAUGGGCCGCUUUCGCCAGAACCCGUUCGAUUUUCUUCGAGAGAUUAGCCUGUUUGUAUCUGGAACAGGAUGGCGCGCAUACGAUGACUUUGUCGGUCAGCCAAUCUUCUACUCCGGCUUCACAGAGAAGGUGAAAUCCGAGGUUCUGAGCCACCCCUUACUCCAGGGUAAAAUUGCCGAAUUGGCGGAAUUGAGAACAAAGGUGGAGGAAAAAGAAGGGUUACUGAAUGGCCCUUCAAAUAAAAACGGUGAAAAGAGCAUCCGGCGGAAGAACGAGAUAAUAGCCAAUCUGCGUGAGGUGGUCGAUACAAUGAUUGAUAAUAUGAUUUGCAAGAUGGAGAGCAAGACGUUUAUUCGGGGGGCUUAUUAUCUCUGUACCCAACUUCUUACGCGGGCCUAUCACCAAGGAAUCCAUGUUUCCAGUGAAGAGGUCCUCCGUUUAAGGGCGGUAGCCCGAGAAGCAGCAAAGGAGAAGAAGUCUAUAAUUUUCCUACCGUGCCAUAAAUCUCAUGUCGACUAUGUAUCGCUUCAAAUUAUUUGCUACCGCCUUGGAAUCGCUCUCCCAGUUGUCGUUGCUGGAGAUAAUUUGAAUAUUCCUCUUCUAGGUCCAUUUUUACAGCAUGCCGGCGCAAUGUGGAUUCGACGCAGCUUCGGUAACGACCCGCUCUAUAAUACGCUUGUUCAGUCCUAUAUCGAUACACUUCUUAAUAAUGGUUACAAUUUUGAGUGCUUCGUUGAGGGCGGUCGCUCUCGGACAGGCAAACUUCUACCGCCAAAAUACGGCAUUCUGAGCUUUUUGCUUGAUAGUGUCGCUUCGGGUCGUGUGGAUGAUGCCAUAAUAUGCCCGGUCAGCACGCAAUAUGACAAGGUCAUAGAAACCGAGUCGUAUAUCAGUGAGCUUCUUGGACAGCCAAAACAAAAGGAGAACCUUAGGGAUUUCCUCUCUUCGUCUUCGGUUUUGUCCCUCAAGUUGGGACGGGUUGACGUCCGGUUUCACGAGCCUUGGAGUUUGAAAAAGUUUAUUUCAGAACAGUUGACGAGAAUAAACAAAGCGCCCAGCACCACACAAUUGACUGAUACAGCUGAAAAGGGUCGUAUCCUCAGAACUCUCGGCUAUCGGGUCCUUUCCCAAAUCAACGACGUCUCGGUAGUAAUGCCCACAGCUCUGGUCGGAACUGUUCUUUUGACACUACGCGGACGCGGAGUCGGAAAAGCAGAGCUGGUUCGUAGGGUUGACUGGCUUUGUGACCGUGUGAGAGCUAAAGGAGGGCGAGUUGCACAUUUCUAUCGAGCUCCAACGGAACAUGUGGUAGAUCGUGCUCUCGAAGAUUUGGGCCCGAAGCUGGUUGGUGAAGUGCCUGGACUUGCAGAGCAAACUUUUUACGCUGUGGAUCGGUUUCAGCUUUCAUUCUACCGCAACAUGACCAUACAUUUAUUCAUCACUGAGGCGCUGGUAUCUGCUGCGAUGUACACUCGUGUAAAACAGGGUGGUGGACCAGCAAACCAACGCAUAUCCUAUGACGAAUUAAAAUCUCAAGUUUCGUUCUUGUCACAGAUUUUCCGUGGAGAAUUCAUCUUCCCCCCGGAAGGAUUGACUGCGAACCUUGAAAACACUUUGAACGGCUUAGAACGGGACAAUGUCAUCAAAAUCACCAGAAACCCGACGAACGUCCCUGUAGUCAUUGAACUAAGUGAGCAGGAACGGCAGUGUGGGCGAGAGAAUUACGAUUUUUAUUGCUUCCUUAUCUGGCCGUUUAUCGAAGCCUGCUGGCUUGGAGCCGUCUCCCUUAUGGGUCUUACGCCGCCCCUUUCUAGCCCACAGGCGUCGUGGAUUGACAUGAAGAAAGCGCACGAUAGCGCCCAGCUGCUAGGCAAAACGCUUUAUCACCAAGGAGACCUAUCGUAUUUCGAAGCUGUAAACAAGGAGACCCUUAAAAAUGCAUACCAGAGAUUCGAAGAAGAGGGAAUCAUAAUUGUCGCAAGAAGCAAGCAGUCCAAUGCGCCUACAACGAUACGAAUCGCUUCGCAAUGGAUGCCUGAGCGAGACCCCCAAACUGGUAAACUGCUUCCUCGUGGCAGGCUCUGGGAUUUCACGGACCUCAUAGCCCAGUCGCGGCGAGAAGGUAAAAACCGUCGAGACGGUGCAACCGUGUCUUUCCGGGUUUUAUCCAUGAGUGAUGCAGUUGGACAGGCGCUAUUCCAGGCAGCCUUGUCACCGAGCUCGACAGCGUCAACAGAGGACCUUACGCUUUCCACAACAGCGAAGAGACGGAAAGCAAUUGAGACACCGUCGAAGUUAUGA